CAACAACAUCAGAACUACCCAAUUGUCCGCUGCCAUCUCGGAAGAUUCUAACCUCUCACUUCUGGACAGCUCUCGCUCUUGUGCAUCCGAGUUGUGGUAGGGUUUCUCUGUAUACACCCACACUGCACAACAAACGCCUUCAACUCACUUGCCAAUGGACUUUUUAUGAAUCAACCUCUGGUCAACAAUAAUGUUUACGCUCUCCAUCGCACUUUCUACUAACUCAUGGCCGACUUUGUUUCGCUGGGCAUACACCGCCCCUCUGCUUUGCCAUAUCUGAUAUCUGAGUCCGUUCUUCCCCAAAAUCCCACCUCACAGGAUUAUACUUGGAAAGUGUACCCAGGCCCUUUGGAUGAUUCAGAGGAUGAGGUUCUUUACACAUCCAACUGUGUAGUCUGGUCACAGGAUGGUCAUGUUCGAAAGGUCUUCAACUUCGACUCCACAAAGCAACCGGUCGGCCAUGCUUUGAUCACUCGCUUUCGCGCUGAUGCUCUCUCUCGAAACUCCACCGAAUCCACAGGUCCAGACAAUGUCAUCUCUUAUGCUUCGACCGCCUAUGUCUCGAGAUGGGGUACCAAGCCACAGCGCGAUCCUAAGCAAAUGUUGUCAUUGAGUCAGACCGAUUCACACGGCUUCAACCGUGCUCUGGUCAUCAUCUUGAAGUCUGAGAUGCAUAUUCAUUUUCUCUCUGGAUCGACCCAUGUACUCAAUUUGCCCUUUGAGGUGGAGAAGGCUUUCCCUGCCAUUGAUGGUCUUGUCAUGCAGAGAAAGUCCACUUCUGCUACCAAGGAACCUCCGACUCCUACCAUUCCAGGCCCUCCUCCGAACUCUUUUGCUUCGUCUCAGCCGUACUUGUUCUCGCAAUCAAAGUCACCUGAAUUGAGAGCCAACCGUUAUCGGCCAAGUGUCUUACCUCCAAGUCCUUCGACUCACUUCAAUCUCGAUGCUUUGUUCCAGGAUCUUACCAAAGGCCCAGAAUCGCAAAUCAACGAUGAGCUUCCUAGAUUUUAUUCUUUGGAAAAUCCACUAUCGGAUAUGGCGCCCGUCUCACAUGCCAGCGUCUGUCGUCAACCACGAUUUCCUCGUCCUGGCGCUUCGAGUGCCCCGACUGUGGAGUACGAUAUGCUCGAUCCUGCGGAAGAGCUUGUCUACGUGUCAUCACAAGAUGAGCUUGCCGAGCAGGCAGAGCCUGGUGAUGCCCCACUGUUCCUGUUGGUCACUGUAAACAGAGAGCUUGGUCAGAUAACGGUAUGGCAAGCAUGGUACUUGAAGCCUCCUAAGCUUUCCGAUCUACUAUCACAACGUGCGGCUCACAAGGCAGCUAAGACUAAGCGUCCUAGCUCUGUCAUGACUAGUCGAACAGCGGGCGCUACUACCCCUGCGUUGAAAAACCGCGAUCACCGGGAUAGAGUACGUGAAAGUUUCGCAGCUUCCACGCGGUUGUCUGUUGCCUCAACUACAAGACCCUCUCAAGACGACGAAGAGGUCAUGGCAUCGCAGAUGGAUCCGGAGUAUCUGCUUAAGAAGCCUUCCGGUGGUCCUAGGCGAGUCAGCUCCAUCCUCUCACGAGGUGAAGUCGGUAACUCGGACCCUUCGAUCAAACAGACUGCGCUUGGUGCCAGCUUUAGUGGAGCUGGACGUAGAUAUCCUUCAAUGGGAAGCUUUACUGAUCGCGAUCGCCGAAGUUUUGGCAAUCAACUAUCUCGCAAAAGUCGCGGCUCUACACCAGCAAGCAUAUUUGGCAGAAGCUUCGGACCAGACGAUACUAUCGAAAUUGAGAACAGUCGGAUGCAAGACUACAAUGAUGAGUAUGAGAGUGCGGAACGACUGAUUGGAGCCACUCACAAGUCUGCGGGUACCGAAUCUGUCUUGGGCUCUUCUCCCGAUGGACUUAGGAAGGAGCUCGUCAUUCGCAAAUUGGAUGUCUUCAUGACCGAUGUGUCCAAUUUUGGCACCACUGCGGUUGAGGACCUUAUUAGGGUCUCCCCUUUAGUUCACUCCUCCCCAUCGGAGCACAGUAGCCAUCUGAUCUCGUUGUACAUUCUUGACUCGUCGUCAGGAUCUAUGACAACGGUCAAGCUACGAGUACAGAGGAAGAAUGAGCGAAGAUUUCAACCCGAAGAAGGUGCUCACGCAAGGUAUAUGCCUAUACCCUUCCUGUGUGAUCGUAACAUAACACACAACAUUGCCGACAUCACCAAGAUCCAUGAUGGCCAGACAUCAGCCAUCGCUCACCUCUCGGUCAAUUCUCAGGAACUUGGCAUUAUACCAGCGCGAGGUAUUCCCUGGUCGUUGCCACUAUCGAAGCAAGUACGAACGUGGCAUCCUUCAGAUAUUCAGAGCAUUCUACAUUCAACCACUAGCGAUCUGCAAUCGUCACGGUCCCUUCAAGAACCUUGCAAAUUGAAUUACCCUGGCAAUCAUGGUAAGGUCACAGUAGUAUCUGCAGACGGCUUCCACCAUCGCUUCCAGAUCAGAUCGAGUCCAAGAUCCACUGCUGUACGCCAAAUCCUCGAACUAUGCCAGUCAGUACUCCCAACAAAGGAGGGUGGCUCGGUUGCUGCUAUAUGGUGCAACAUACACCAUCGAUUCGUGAGCGAAGGUGUUCAACUUACUGGUGGUCUUGAUGUUGAGUGGGAAGCAAUGAUCGUAGCCCUUUUCGCAUUUGCUGCUGGCUCUAUUGGAAGAUCAUUGCGUGGUAACCAGAGAAGUAAGUCUUCGACAGUUGACAGUACGCGACUUGGUACCUAUGGAAGUCAAUUACGCUCUCGCAGUCUGAAGUCAGACCUUGACAAACUUGUGUCACCUGCCUGGAGCUGGCUCGAAAAGCCGACUACACACUCAAAGCUCAGUGCGAUUACUCCGAGAUCAAGACUCAGAACACCUCGAAGUACUCACAAAGCCAAGAAGCAUCCCUUCUCUCUGAUCGAGUACGAGACGAUGGCUCGCCACCUACUACACGAAAUCGCAGUGGAUGAUUUGGACUGGCUAGUGUCCCAGGAAGCUGCUGAAUCACGACAUCUCUGUUGCACAAAAAUUAUGCUGGUGCUCUACCUUUUCCGAGAGGAGCAGAAACUGAGCUCACUUUCGGACGAUGCGGAAGGAAUCGUCGUUGGCUCUCUCUGUGCUAUUAUCGCCCAAUUUGGACAAUGGCUUUCCAUUGAUCCCUGGUCGUAUAGAUCUGGCUCUUACCACGAGAUGGAUGGUGAAAUCAGUGAUUGGGAGCUGUCUUCGUCGACGAUGAGCACGACCGCCAGAGUCUCGCAGAACUUGUGUCCUCCACCCCAAUCUGUCUUUGCAUGGGUUGAGAAGAACUUCAUCCAUGGUAUCUCCGAACCAUUUGUAGGCGUAGGGACAAUCGCUUCUCUAGGGACAGACGCAUCUGCUUCCACGAUCUCGAAACUUGAGGGUAACCUUCUUCCUCGUUUGACCUCCCUGAGAUUGCUGGCAGCACGGUUCUCCGCCAUCAAAGCUUCGCCGAGUGCUUUAGUGCAAACACUCAAGGAAGCAAACUUUGGAGCCGGAGCUUUCGAGACUUUACCAGAAGGCGUACUUGCUCCGCUUCGUGAAGCCAUUAGUCGUUGUCAGACAGCGCCACCCACGACAUGGUCUUCUGAUCUACUGGAGUUUGUUGCGCGUGAGGACUUGAUUGGGCUAUCACAGCUGAACAAGGAUGCCAAUCGUCCUUCAAGUCGAGGAGCACUGCCUAAUGUGCUGGUGCCACACGAUGUACAGACCAUAUAUAGCUCUGCUGAUCGUGCUCCUCUGACUGCCAAAACACACGAAGCCGAAAGACAUGCAGUCAUUUCGCUUAUCUUCUCCGAGGAUCGUCGCUUUGUUGAUGCUGCCAGGCUGAUGAACCCUACCGCGGUGCAAGUCGCCGAGUGCCCACCUCAACCUGAAUGGUCAGAAGUUGAGCACUUGGAACAACAGAAGCGAGUCAUGCAAUGGGUAAUGAUCCGAACACUUGCACUCUCACCUGGUGAUGGCAUGAUCCACUUUGAAAGUCAACGUCCUCUUCUGUCGGAAAAGUUCCACAUCAAGGGUUUCAGUACAUCUUGUCAGAUGAAGCCAAUGGACACUACCAUUAGUGCUGAUCGCAGUGGAUUCACCGAGGACAAGUUUGCCUGGACGUUCUUCCAUGCUGGUGUUUCUGCAGGAUUGAGCAUCUCACGAAACGCGACUGGCAUUGACACUUCUUGGAUAGUCUUCAACAAGCCUGCAGAGCUCAACAACCGCCACGCUGGGUUUCUUCUAGCUCUUGGUAUUAAUGGGCAUCUGAGGACUCUCGCCAAAUGGCUUGCGUUCAAGUAUCUGACUCCAAAACACAACAUGACUUCCAUCGGACUCCUACUGGGCUUGUCAGCAUCAUACCUUGGCACCAUGGAUACUCUACUCACUCGCAUGCUGUCUGUACACAUCACAAGGAUGUUGCCUCACGGUGCCGCGGAGCUCAAUGUUUCGCCCAGCACCCAGACUGCUGGACUGAUGGGCAUUGGACUGGUCUACUACGAUACACAGCAUCGACGAAUGAGUGAAAUCAUGUUAUCAGAGGUCGAGCACCGUGAGAUCGAAGACCCUGGUAGCACGAUGGACCAACUGCGUGACGAGUCAUAUCGACUUGCAGCGGGAUUUGCUCUCGGCUACAUAAAUAUCGGAAAGGGCCGAGACUUGCGUGGUCUCCAUGGUAUGAAUCUUCUAGAGCGAUUGUUGACGGUCGCUGUUGGUCCCCGACCAGUCGAACUCGUGCAUGUUGUUGAUAAGGCUACUGCCGGUGCUGUCAUCGCCAUUACUUUGAUCUACAUGAAGACUGGCGAUCGAUCUGUCGCACGCAAGAUAGACAUACCUGACACUGUUGCUCAGCUUGAGCAUUGUCGUCCAGACAUACUGCUUCUGAGGACCGUUGCAAGGCAUCUCAUAAUGUGGAACGAGAUCACCGAUGAGUCAGACUGGAUCCGCAAGAACCUCCCUAUCGAAUACUCCCACCGCUACUACGGCCAUGGUGCCAAAGCUUCGGUGGAGAUAAAAACACUCCCUCAGCUGCGAAGCAAGGACGUGCCAGUGUUCAAUAUCCUGACUGGCCUCGCGUGGAGUUUGGCCUUGAGAUUUGCAGGCAGUGGCAACGAGAAAGCGCGAGACCAAGUGAUCGCAGUGCUUAAAGCUUUCAUCGCAGUGUCCAAGCAGGACGCAUUCUUCUACGAUGCCAAGUUGGCCAGAGCUACAGUUAAGCGUUGUAUUGACGUGCUCGCACUUGCCAUGGCUACCAUUAUGGCAGGCACGGGUGAUCUUCAAACGUUUAGAUAUCUGCGAGCACUGCACGGCCGUGUGGAUCCAGAAACUACAUAUGGAUCACAUCUUGCAGCCCAUCUUGCUAUCGGCACACUGUUCUUAGGCGGUGGCACUUACACUUUUGGAACGUCAGACUUUGCCAUCGCAUCUUUGAUGUGCGCAUUCUACCCUCUAUUCCCCAGCGAGGUCCUAGACAACCGGGUACACCUACAGGCUCUUCGACACUUCUGGGUCUUUGCCACCGAACCUCGUUGCAUCGUGGUACAAGACAUCGACACAAAACGGCCUAUACACGUCAAACUCAGAGUAGAGUUGCGAGAAGGAAAACAGAUCUCAAUGACUUCUCCAUGCUUGUUGCCAGAGUUGAGCACCGUCGCACGCAUCAGUACGGAUGAUCCUACUUACUGGCAAGUCACCCUCGACUUUGCUGCUAAUCCUAAGCAUCUCGCCACCUUCCGACGCUCGCAGACAGUCUAUGUGCGUCGCUGUCCACCUGGUGAAGCUUCGAACAGCGUUUUCAGCACGACACUUUCAGCCCUCAUCGAUGUUCAAUCCAGCAUCGGUGGCCGUCAGAUGUGGGAGUGGAUCCUCGAUCUGCCCGCCUUCCGGGAACUCGAUCAAGCAGACUUUGGUCUUGUGCUGCCCUCAGACCCACGCAGCGCGACUCAUCUGGAUGAGAAGUUAACAGCUGUGGACAGUAGAUUGGUGUUGAGCCGUAGUGUAGCUUCGACAAAGGCGAAUGCAUUAUGGAAUUUGAGGUUGCUAUUCGCAUGGGCACAAGAUGCUACGGAUAAUGGAGAUGGAAGGUUAAGGUGGAUUGGCAAGCAUGUUGUUGAUAUGUUGCAGACGAAGGUUGCUGAGAGGACGCAUAUGUCGUGAUCAGACAGCUAUUGAGACAAGUAGCUCAACACACAAUUAGGACUCGCAUUAACGUAUAUCACAAUUUCGUUCGGAGUUCAAACAAUGAUUCCAGU